UUUAUCUUACUAUGACGGGUCCUGUUCUUCUCUUCAUUGCCUCGUUAUGUUCACAAUAUGAAAUAAAAUAUUGACAAAGCUUUGUUAUAUUGUGUUUCACGUUGUUCUCUCCUCAGCUAGAUUUCAUGGUUCCAUUCUCUUUAUGCUAUAAUAGAUGCAGUCCAACAUUAAAGAAAUCCCUCCACUAGGCGCAUGUAGAUGGUGCUUACAUGGAGGAGAGCGGCCUGGUAUAGGGUGAUUACCAGGGCACCAUGGGAAAGGGGUUACUUUGGUGGAGGCUUAUGGGAGCUUGGUGUUGUAUAGGUAGACAAAUGAUGACAAAUAGACCUUCUACGUAGUGAUUAAUGAUGAUGCUCCACUUUAUGGCUUGCAGCUGUACUAUAUGUGAAAUUUCUGAAGAGGGAUGGGCUUCAAAUGCUGCCAAACUGGCCAUCAAAACCCUUAUUGAAGCUGAAAUACCUGAGACAAAGUCUAAAUAUAAUCCUCCGGUUGAUAUUUUUAAUAAAUGCACAGAAGAUAAUUGUGAAGGCACACAAGCAGGGAUGGAUGGAUCCAAAGUAUACGAGGAGGAUGUUUUAGGUACAGGAUAUUCUAGUGUCACAGUGGAUGGUGAAUUUGUUUCUUCAAUGGAGGAUUCUACAAGAGUAAAGACUCAAAUCAAGAUAAUUCAACCUCUUCAAAAUCCAAUAACUGGUGCUAUAGACUUAUGCCACGAUGAUGAGUGGUCUAGCAGCCCAACCAUCUUCAAUAGUUGCAUAGAAGAUGACCAAGCUGCAGCAGAAAGUAAUACCUUUAGUGACAGGUUGCGUGAGACCAACAGCAUAGACGACUUUAUAAUAAUUUCUGAAGCAGGAUCUGGAAGGAAUUCAGAUUUGGACACAACUGCUAAAAUUGGCAAACCGACUGGUAUGAGUGAAUCAGAAAGUAACAGGGUCGAUGAUGUUCAGUUACUUGAUGUCAUUGAGAACCUAGAACCUAAUAGAAAAUUGGAACACCAUGAUGUAAGUGAUAAUGUUUCCCUUUCAGCUCUUUCAGAUGUACAAAAAUUUGCGCAGGCAAAUGGAUCUCCUUCUGAUAUGCUUACCGCAGCUGCGCUUCAGACAAAGGACAUGAUCGACUGCACAGGAGUAACAGUGGCGUGCCAUUUGGUGGGCACAGAGGAAGGCAUCCUGUAUGAAAGUUGUAAUGGUGCAGAUGAAAUGUCUACUAGUGUGGUUCAGCAUUCCAAAGAGAUUUUUUCUGCUGAGGAGACUGAUCAAAAUGACAGAACUGAAGGAGAACAAGAAAUGACCACAUGUGAAUUUGAAUUAAUGAUCUUGACUAGCAAUGACAAGGAUUUGUCCCAGGAAAGAAUCUCCAACGAUGAAUGCAGCAGUGUAGCUGAUCCUAUUGCUAUCACAAUGAACAAUCCAUGUUACUUGUUGAAAUCAAUCGGGGGACAAGAGAGACCUAAACAUACUAAGGCUGUAGAUAGAUUCAAGCAUUCCAAGGUUACAGAAAGGCUUAAACGUGGAAACGGUGAUGGCAUAGGAAAGAACACAAGGCCUCAGUGGCAAUAGCUUAGAAUUUGGCAGUAACAUUCUUUUGAAACCAGGAUAUCAUGACUUGAUUCAAACACCUGAGAUCUGCUUCUGCUGUUAUUAUUCUUUUCCCUCUUCAUUUCUUCAACCCGAACUAGCCUGUGGACACCAAAUCUUUGGCUGAAUUGCAUGUAUAAGAGUCUGAAUAAUAACAUUUUCUAAUUUGUGGGCAAGCUUCAUCUGUUCAUCCAUCCAAAAUAGGAAAGGAAAAGAGUUCGAUAAUUUAUCUUGCUGAAA